CGCCCUUGGUUGAUCAUGUGACUUGCGCAAUAACUGGAGAGAGAUAAGGAAACAGAAUUGAUGUUUUCAACCAAAUCCUUGUCACGACUUUGUUGAAGAAAAUAUGAGCGUUUCGAAGGGGCUUCUGUCAGGUUUGCUGUCUGUCAGUCUUUUUGAAACGACCUGGUGUUAUGCACAAUGUGGAAGAACAUUUUGUACAGAGUACAGUGCCUACUGCUGUGCCUUUGAUUCCUCGUCCUGUUGCUAUCACUCAGUCUACAGUUUUUGGUGGUUCUGGUUCAUCUGGGUGAUCAUCUUCCUUGUGUUCACCUGCUGCUCUGUCUGCUGUUACCGCCGUCGCCGAUAUCAACCCGCCUACGUUGUGGUCCCUGACCAUCACCAGCCAGCCUAUGGGACUGUGUCCGUGUCUGUUGCACCUCCCCCCUACCCAGCAGUACAGCACCAGGCUGCCACCGCCCCGCCUCCAUACCAGCCAGAGCAAAAACCACCUGCGUAUGCCCCAUAAGAUUUCUCAUCUGCUCUGAUUCAUCAAGAAGCCUCAUAACUACAAUGUAUCAAAGCAUGUGAUCUACCAUGAUCUACCAUGGAUUUGCAUAUGACGAUAUGACACACGAUAUGCCUACCCCUGUAUUUAAUCAUUUUAAACAGGCCUAUAUUAACCAGUCAUGCAUGUUCAAAAAGCCUUUGUUAGCCGGGCUACAUGGAGCAAAUGUGUGAGGUAAGCUUAUUGUGACACCUACCAUGUAUUUUUGGUUUGGAAAUCUUCCAGACCUACGGAUAAAACUUUGAUGUGCAAGAUGUCCAUUAGCCAACUUUUCAAUUGCUCGAGACCUCCGUUGAUGGGACAAGGUAUGAAGACCCUAUUAUCUUGAUAUGUAUAAUUGAGAAUGCCCAACUUGAGGUAAAGGAUGUUUUCUUAAAGUUCGGAAAGUUAAACUUUUCGCCCUAUUUGGGUCUGUAUGAAAUCAUGGCAACAUGGAAGUAAUAAAAACACAAAAAGAUAGUUGUCUGUUGCUUGUUGUGAUCUUGUCAAAUUAAUUUGAAAAUUGUAUUACAAAAUGUUCCUACAUUUGAGUGGGUCAAGAAGGAUAGGUCCAGUUUAGGCUAGGUCCAAUUCUUUGUUCCUUUGCAAUUGUUUUACCUCUCUUUAUUUUGUCGGUUAUGAUAAAACUGAUUUUGAAAUGCAUUCCCCAUUCCGCACUGUGGUCUUGUGUUGUCAGUAAAUUACUUGUUUGAUAGUAAAGUGAUGCUUGCUAAUUCUUGGUGAAAUCUAGAUGCGAUUAUCAUGUUACAUGUUUGUAUCAAACCCUGGACAUGUCGUGUUAACAUCUGAUGAGUCAGUUCCUUGUAUAGUUUCAUUGGCUUCAUGUACUCCACUUUGUUGUAUAUAUUGUAAACAUGUUUUUAGGAGGAACGUCAUACAUUUGUACCCUAGAAGUAUUUCUAGUACAAGAAGUGCUACUUAAUGUUUUUGCAAUUAUGCAGCAUUUGAAAAACACUUGGACAAAGAAAUGUGAAAAUACCUGUUUCAUGUCACAUAGAGAAUCUCACAAUGGUCUGCAAAGCAUUGUGAUUCAAUUUCAUUGCAGUGACAUCUACAGUGUAGAUCUCGCAUGAUCUCACCCAAGCAAUAUCUCCUGUGGGAGCCAGUUUUGGAUGAUAAAUGGCCUUAACAGAUAUCAAGUUGUCAAGUUUUCUUAAGGACUGCUUACACGUGUGAUAAUAAUAGGUUGAUUUGGUUACCUGUAAUACAAGUAUGUAUUUCUUUUGCCUUAUCCUCUGCAACAGGGAAUUUGAAUCAGUUUUGCAAAUAAUUGUCACAUUUCUUUCCUGGAUGCUAAGGCAGAUACUAAUCAAAAUAUUGUCUAAUUGUGCCUUUUACAUAUCAAAUUUUAUUAGUCUUAGUGUAGUCUACAUUCAUACAUUUACAGAAAUACUACCAUUGGUCAUGUAUAAUCAUUAGCUGCAGUGGGGAAUUCAAUUAAAAUUGUGUUCAGUGAUACACUUUUUUUGCUUGGAAAAUAUUAACAUUUACGGUACUUACAUUUAGAUAUCAAAGGUUAAGCAGAAAGUGUGUAUUGGUAUACACCACUUUUAACAAUAUUUCAGCAGUAUCACAGCAACCUACACUGGAUGAGGUCUUCACACAGUGUGCUAAUGAGGCCUCAACCUGCUUUAACUACCAGGCUACCCCUUCCACCUGACCAGUAAGAUGGUGGUUUUGAUCUUUGUUAAAUAUAUCUGGGAUAUAUAAUCAAGAAAUACAUGUAGAAUAUGCUAAUUUGAUACUACCUCCAUAUACUGCUCAACUUCUAUUAAAUACUAUUACAAAACAUGGAAAGCAGAUAGGAAUGUGCACUUCAUGAACAAAAUAUUGAGCUGCCAGUUCCAAGCACUUAAUACAGGAAGUCCCCAACCUUGACCCUUGUAUCAAAAGUUAUAUUUGUGAAAAUUCCCUUCAUUGAUUUUGUUUUCUUACACUACUGUGUUAUACAAUUUCUAUUUGAUAAUUCAUGUAAUAACUGGUGAAUUACUUGGACUAUCAUCUCCCUUGGUAUUUUAUAUGAUUUCACAUCAAGUCAUGUCUGUAUUUUCCUGGAUUAUGCAUAAUUGGUAAACUUUUAAUGUGAUUACAUGUACUUGUUUUCUGCUCACAUAACAUGUGUAAAUAUAUUAUUUUGGUUUGUAUUUGUGCACCAGGUAUGUUGUAAUAGACUGUCAGUUCCACCAAAGCAAUCCAACACCAGAUAUUUAACUGACUUAGCGAGAACUAAGAUAUGAUUUUAAUGAGAUAGAUUCCUGUAUAGAACAUCAGAUAGAUCUAAAUAUAAUAUUGUAAUUGUCAUGCAAUGGAAAUACCAGGCAGAAAUUCAAUAAGUAUCAAACCUGCAUUGGUUAUGAGAUUGGUGAGCUGUCUUGUCUGUGUGUCUAUUUUUGUAUGUUAAUUUUAUGAAUAAAGUCAAAUGAAUACAGAUGGUUUUAUGUGUGAAUCUCUGACACUUGAAUUGAAGUGAAAAACAGUUUUAAAGUAUCCAAUGAGUCAGAAUAUGGUUCUAACUGUGGUUGUCCUGGUCAUUGACAUUACACACUAAUUACACAGUACACAUGUGCUUGAUGUUAAGAUGCAGAUCUCUUAACAAUAGUUGCUUAACAAAUCUGUAGAAAUGUAACCUUGGAUCUCCAACAAUCCAUCUUCAGCUUGAUGUAUUGCGAUUACCAUGACAUUAACACAUUUCUAACAUGAAAUCAGUUUUACAGAACAAACAUGAAAGUGUCUUUGAAAAUUAUUUAUUUUACAUACAUAGAUAUAGCAUGAGUUGUUGGCAACCAAACAAUUCUGAACAGCUAGACAAAAUCAAAUGAACUGGGUUGAUCUGGGAGCACUGCUACAUGGGAGGACAAGUUGGCUGCUGCUGCUUGUGCUAAAUACAUCAUUACAUUGUAAUCCAUUUACAGAUUUCUAUAUACAUGUAUACCACCCAUAAAUACUUCAACAAAUCCACAGAAAGAACAGGUCAUAUCUUUGCUGUCCACAGAUUUACAACAAUGUGUCUAUCUCUUUUGACACAAAUGAAUUACACAAUCAGUGUGGAUGUUUCGAAGGACAUCAGUCAGUGAAUACUAAUAAUGAAAGGGAAAUGAACAUUUAAUGUAUCCUCCUGGUUAACCAAUUAUUCUGUUAGCGAUAUAAGCAAGUCACAACUGAUUGUCACACCUAACUACACAACAAAGAUGGUAAAUGGACUAAAGACGAAUAAAAAUUUGGCGGAGCAACAAAGUGUUUGUGUAACAAACAUUUUUAAAAAUGUAACAAAACUGACAAGAAAUGAUUACACAAUUGGAGUUGAAUUAGUAUCUUAUCCUUUCCAUAAAAGAAAAUAAAUGUUUAACUUCAUGCACUGUUCUAACUUCACAUCACAUUUAAUCUGUAAAUUUCUUGGCAGAUAAUCUGGUGGCAUAAUUGUAAUACUCCCUAUUUUUGACAUCUAAUUACAAGAGAUCCCACAUUAGAAUCAAUAAUUAAGAAAAGUUGACAAUAUCUCAAAGUAUCUGGUAGAGAAAGCACUAGAUAGGCCAUACCAAGUUCUGCAAUGUGGCCAGCUGUGCAAUAUUGCUCUAUAAAUUCAUGAGAGGAUGUAUUUGUUCGAUUUUCAAGGAAGAAACCAAUGACAAACACAAGUUUCCUGCGUUAAUUAGUAUCAAGAAGUAAGCACAAUUUGUACUGCCUUCGUGUCAAAGUCUAUGUAACUGAAGAAUUUAAUAUUCCUCAACUCCAUCUCUACAUUCUCACUUCCAUCACACUUUACAGGAAGUAGUCUGGUGUCCGGCGGGUAACAUGGGGUUCGCCUCGUCUAGGAGCUGGGUCAAACUGCAAG